CUGGUGAAACGAAAAUGGGGUGGCUGGUCCGGGUCCCGCCGCCUCCGACCCAAAAGAAAACGCAAGCGGACGACAAGUUUUUCAUGGUCGUGAAGUAGCCAAACAUGUUCUGUUGGCAGUCUCUCGCCAACAUGACCGAUGUCGAGAAACUGUCGAUCCUCGACGACAUUCUCGCACUAAGGGGAGUGUUCGUGCAAUCCGCGGGUGGCCAUCUAAAGCGUCAGCAUAAACCUGGAAUUAAAGCAAUGGUCGCGACGACGAAAGUGGACCGUGUGAUGCUCUGUAUGUUCCACUACAUCUUAUUCCUUGAAACGGAGGAGAACGAACGUGUUUGGCGCCACGGGAGCCCAUUUUCUCAGACCGAGGGGAAGCUUCUGGAGGAGUUCGGGCCGCAGGGCCUCACGAAACAUGUGUGGGUCGAAAUGCGAAAGCAUUUCCAGGGCGCGGUGGAGUACGUGAACCCUUGCAAACGUACUCUUCCGCACGAGAAGGAGUCCAUUGACGACGCGAAGAGAUUGUACGAUGAUGACAGUUUCUUGAAAGGCAUGGCCAUGCUUAGCGUCCAUCACGUUAGGACAGGGAAGUGGGUACGUAAUGCACAAAAGCAGGCCACUGUCCGGGAAGGCAAUAUGCUGGUUGAGGAGUGUGACCGCCUGUACGUGAUAUUUAAUGGUGAGAAGCUGGUAGACAACACAUACGCAGUCUACCCGGCCAGUAGCCCGACAAAAGGUCCAAGUCUGACCAAACACACGGUGGCGGCCCGCUCGAAACCUGUGUGUUCGUCGGACCCAUCAGGACAGGCUGUGGCGUGUUUCGACGUGGCCGAAGAGGAAAGGUUCUCUCGUAGCAUGUGGGAGGACGACGGCGUGACAAGUUCUCAAGGACCUGCUUACGGGGAGAUGGAGCGGAACCCGUCCCGUCUACUUGGUCUACUUGAAAACUUUUGCAAAGCUGGGCAAACUGUUUUUUUCUUUGGGAAGGCGCAUGCGUCUGUCGUGUGGGGAUUCCUCCACACCGGUCGGAACGUCGUCGCGUUGGAGAAGGAGGCGAGGAUGAUCGACUACCUUCACGAGUUCGUGAAGACACGCGUUGCAGACACUCGCAAUGCUUGCGAGUUUGCCCGCACCACCGGCGAACGAAACUGGGAUCCCAAACGAGGGGAUGGUGGAGGAGACGAAGGAGACGGCGGAGAUGGCGGAGGAGACGGCGCACAGUUUGCCGGAAAAGGGACGGGCGAGACAUCGUCGGUAGAGAAGGCGUCCGGCGGAAAGGGGUCGGGCGGAAAGGGGUCGGGCGGGAAGGGGUCGGGCGGAAAGCGUAGAACGCCGGCUCGUGAAGACGUGAAGUGGCUCCACGCACGAGCGCUGGUGAUCAGGACGUCCGAAGACGUUCUGCACAGUCGCUCGGUUGUGGCCACGACGGGAGAGGGUGUCGUUAAGGGAGGUCAGUGGACGUCCGUGCAAGCUCCCGUUCUUGGCGAUGAUGAAGACGAAGAAGAACCCGCGGUGGAAGCUCGGGUUCAUGACAAUGAGAAAGGCGGAGAACCCGUGGUGGAAGGCCGUGAGGUGAAUGUCGAUAUCCGGACGGAUCCACAGUGGAAAAAUGGUGAUUCUUCGCCCACCCAUUGCGGUGAAGAACAGAGUGGUCGAGCGUCUGUCGUGAGCACCACUUGGGGAAUGGUGCUUCAUGAAGCCAUAGAGUUGGGUGACCACUCGGCAGCCACCGAGCUGGUUAGCGACUCAAGCGUGGCCGAGAUGCAGAACAUCCGGACGGAUCCACAGCGGAAAGAUGCCACCGAGCUGGUUAGCGACUCAGGCGUGGCCGAGAUGCAGAACGUCGAAUCCUCUGUGGAAGGCAGUGAGGUGGCCGUCAGCAUCAAGAUGGAUCCACAGCGGAAAGAUCAUGAUUCUCCAUCGACCCGUUGCGGUGCUGAACAGGGUGAUCGAGCAUUUGUCCUCAGUACCGGUCGAAAAAUGUUGCUUCAUGAAGCCAUCGACUUGCCAAGCGACUCAGCUGCCACCGAGCUGGUUAGCGACACAGCCGUGGCCGAGGUCCAGAACCUCGAAUCGUCCGUGGACGUUGGCGCAGUGGCGCGACAAGAGGGCGAGUUCCCUCAAAAGGCUCCCGAGCACGGUAAGAUUUGUGAAUAGGACCACUCGCAUAUCUGUCACUGACCAGCUCUGUGUUCGUCCAAAUUGAUGUCAUGGGCUAAUGUACCUGUUAC